UAAACAAAGCCGCGGAUUUCAUUUUUACUACGAAAAAAGUUACUUUAAAUAACCCUAGGAACCCCCUAUUUCCGGAUUUGUGAGACAUUUUUAUGUACUAUGUAUGUAUAGUUGGUAAGACCAUUCAUAAAUACUCGGAGCGUUGUAAAUAUCGCAAAACCAAUUAUUGGUUAUGUCAUGAAGAACAAUUAAUAACGCUUUAAUUGAAUGUACCCGGUACAUUAACAAAAAUGAUUGGAAUGCGAAUGAAUGCAUUUAAUGACACAGGACUUGGCGAACCGGAACAAGAUGCAAAUACAGCCCUCAUAGAAUUAGAUAAAGGUUUGCGUUCUUCAAAGAUUGGAGAACAAUGUGAAGCAAUAGUACGUUUUCCACGACUAUUUGAGAAAUAUCCUUUUCCUAUAUUGAUCAAUUCUUCCCUAUUAAAGUUAGCUGAAGUUUUUCGUACUGGUAGUAAUUUUUUACGUGUAUGGGUGCUCAGAGUAUGCCAACAAAGUGAGAAGCAUUUAGAUAAGAUUCUGAAUGUUGAUGAAUUUGUACGUCGUAUUUAUAGUGUGAUACAUUCUAAUGAUCCAGUUGCUAGAGCUUUGACUUUAAGGACACUAGGCAGCGUAGCUGGAAUUAUUCCAGAAAGACAACAGGUUCAUCAUAGUAUAAGGAGGUCAUUGGAUUCUCAUGAUUCGGUUGAAGUUGAAGCAGCAAUAUAUGCAGCACAAAUGUUUGCUGCGCAAUCAAAACUGUUUGCAGUGUCCAUGUGUAGCAAAAUAUCUGACAUGAUUAGAGGUCAAGCAACACCAGCAUCAAUGAAACUACAGCUUAUACCUAUUUUGCAAUAUAUGCAUCACGAUAGUUAUACAGCUUCAAUGGUAAAUAAAUUGUGCAUGGAGCUUCUUGCUAAUUAUCCAGCAGUUGAAUUUGUUAGAGUGACAUUAAGUGCUUUAAGUACUUUAGCUUCUGCUACAUUAAUUGAUAUUCCACAACAAGUUGUACUUCUCUUACGUUAUCUACAAGAUGAUCCAAGAUUAUCCAUCAAGCGUCACGCUUUACAUCUACUGCAUAGUUUAGCAAGGAAAGGAGCACAUUUGUGGCCACAAGGUGCACUCAAUAAUUUAAUAGAAAGUACUACAACACUUCUACAAGAUGGUGCUGGAAACAAAGAUCUUCUUAUUAGAACACUAGAUGUGAUCGAGGUGCUUAGUCAGAGUGCAGUUACAUGCGAUGCAAACAGGGAAGAAGGAAAUCCUUUGUUAUCUUUAUGUGUAAGUGCCUGUUACUCUCCUGACCCUUUUGUAGCAGUAAAAGCAAUUACGAUUUUAUCCAGAGUUGCAUGUUACUGCUACGAAGAAAGUUUACCCGCCUAUGGGAUACAAGAUGUUGUAUCUUGCCUUGAAUCUUUAAUUGUAUUACUAGCUCUGGAUGACAAAUAUCUGCAUCAACUAAGAGUUUGUCUGCGCUCGACAGUGAAGCUGUGUUGGGCACAAUCUACUCAUUGUUCGGUAUUUGUUGAUGCAAUCGGUGGUACCCUUUUCAAUACAAAUAGCGAAGGUGGUCAGAGUGAGAAACAAGCGGUCGCUUUGUGCGAAGCUUUAGGUGCCAUUGGAAGCUUAGGAGAAAACACUUUACUUUCACUUUUACCGGAUAUAUUGACAAAGCUUAAGCAAACUUUACAUGUGCAUACGAAGGUCAUGUUGUGCACAUUACUUUUUCAAAUGGUGGCUGGAGGCUACGAAUGGAAUACAGAAUGCACCGAAGCAGUGGAGGAAGUUAUCAGAAAUGUAGACGGUUGGGCCAAGUACCGAAUUGCGCGUAGUGCUGCAAGAUAUGGUCAUCAUACAAUAGCAACCCAAAUAUUUAAAAGUUUGAAGGAAACAGUUGCUUCUGAACAACUGCACUUCUGGUUAUCUGGUCUAGAAUUAGUUACAAAAGCCGAAAGUCAUCUUAUGGAAAAGACGGAGGAAACGGAGAACAAAGCGAAAGUUUUCAUCGUAGAAAAAUUGAACGGAGCUAUUGCACGUUAUGCUAGCGCAUGUGCAUCGUUAAAAGCUGCUAGUACGCCUUUGCGAAGUUUGCAAUUUGCUAGCGAGUAUUCAAAACUCCGUUGUGAAUUUCUGCAAGCUAUUGUUCAACUAUUACAUUCAUGCAGAUCACUUUGUACAGCUCCACCGCCAGCCAUUGCAGUCACAGUAGUGCUCGCGACAAAAGAUGACCUUCAACGCUAUGGUCGAGUAACGCAUCAGUUGAGAAAAUCGGCCCAAGAAUUGAAAAAUUGUGCUGACAACUAUCAGAAACUAUAUCAGUCGGCUUUUGACGCUGAUCCCGGUUCAUUGGCAAAUAUAAAAGCAUUGCAAGAAAUGUGUCGUUUGCUAGCGAACAGCGUCGAACGGGUCUGCGGUGGUUCAGGAAUUUGUACAUAUCAUCAGAGCGACGUAAACUUUGAUUUCGGCGACACUGUCGAGAUGCGUCAGUUGGCUCGUUGUUGUACAGAACUGCGGCGUCUGGCACCGCCUUGGAUCAGCGAAGGAAAGAACGCGGCCAUUAGUCAUUCCAGAGUGAACUGUUUAAUCUCGCAAGUGAUGCUAUUGGCUGGAAAGAAAAUGAGGCUGCCGAUACCUCGUUACUACUUCCAGUCGUUACAGUCAACUACUGUGAAGUUGUCUGUCUCACCGCAACCCCGUGUACUUGGCGAACCUGUAUCCGUGCCUCAGGGUAGCCAAUUGGCCCUCAAAGUUGAGGGAGUUUUGCGACAUGGUCGUCGCGCUUCCCUUUACAGGUCCGUUGCUGCCGUUUGCAUUUCCAUUUCCACCACUCCACCGUCCAAGAUCAAUUCAGACCAAAAGGAUUCCAACGCAAAUGAACUGCAACAAACAGUUACUCCGCAUCGUGACUUCUUCGCCUGCGAGUUUCUACUCUCCCUUGGAAGCAAUGCAACGGGAACGACUGCAUGCGCAAGCAGCAGCUCCAGUGUAAACAGCAACACGAACACAGGGGGCGGACAGUAUCAAGUCACAGCGAGCGCAAGUAUACUUGACAAGGAUGGCAACGUUUGGAAGUGUGGACCCCGUUCCACGCUCCAAGUUAGAGUACACGAAGAACCAGCCAAAAGAAAGCUACCGUGAACGAAUGUCUAAACGUAAUUUUUGUUAUACAUAUUUGUUUGUAUGUACACCUGAGUCUAUAAUAAAAGCGACGAAUUUACAAUAAAACCUUA